AGGCCAAUCUAAAUUCACACACACAGCAAUACGAGCACACAGCGAAAUAAAAUACAAAGAGUUUAAUUCAAUUACAUGCCAAAAAUCAAAGAGUGUCGGUGUGUAUGUGUGUGUGAGUGUGCGUGAUAAUUGUUUAUAACAAGUGCAAGUUGGUAACACAUUAAACCAGCAGCGUUUGCAAAAGUUUAGCCUGUGGCUUUGUGUUAUGCGAAAAAAUUGAUUUUCCACGAAACCUUUUACCCCCAAACAAGAGAAAAAACCCCACAACAAUUGUGACUGUGAGAGAGUGUGAGAAGUCGAGGGCGAGAGAGCGGUACGCAAGUAAGCGGAGGCUGCAACGAGGAAAUAGUCUUAAACGCGUCGCUGCCGGCGCAUGCAAUGAAUAUUGUCGGGGACUAUGAAUACAGCUCCAAGGAUAUGCUUGGCCACGGCGCCUUUGCCGUGGUCUACAAAGGACGUCAUCGAAAGGAGAAACACAUGCCGGUGGCGAUCAAAUGCAUUACCAAGAAGGGUUUAAUCAAGACGCAGAAUUUACUUGGCAAGGAGAUAAAAAUUCUUAAAGAAUUAACAGAGCUGCAUCAUGAAAAUGUUGUGGCACUGUUGGACUGCAAGGAGUCGCAGGAUUGUGUUAAUCUGGUCAUGGAGUAUUGCAAUGGCGGCGACUUGGCUGACUACUUGGGCGUCCAGGGCACGCUGAGUGAGGAUACCGUCAGGCUGUUUCUAAUACAACUAGCUGGUGCCAUGAAAGCACUUUAUACCAAAGGAAUUGUGCAUCGUGAUCUCAAGCCACAAAACAUUCUAUUGUCGCACAAUUAUGGCAAAACGUUGCCAGCACCAUCAAAAAUCACGCUCAAGAUAGCUGAUUUUGGCUUUGCGCGUUUUCUCCACGAAGGCGUCAUGGCGGCCACUCUCUGCGGCUCGCCCAUGUAUAUGGCACCGGAGGUGAUAAUGUCACUGCAGUAUGAUGCUAAGGCCGAUCUCUGGUCGCUGGGCACAAUUGUCUAUCAGUGUCUGACGGGCAAGGCGCCGUUCUAUGCACAAACGCCCAACGAGCUGAAGCAUCUCUAUGAGCAAAAUUCCAACUUGGCGCCCAAAAUACCCCAGGGUGUGUCGCCGGACUUGCGGGAUCUUUUGCUCUGCUUGCUGCGUCGCAAUGCCAAGGAUCGUAUUUCGUAUGAAGACUUCUUUGUGCAUCGUUUUAUUCAACGCAAAAAGGCAGUCAGCUCACCAGUGGAUUUGCCAGCUUUGUCUAGCGGCACACCGCCAGUUAAGGCCAAGAGUCCAUUGCAGCAGCUGGAGCAGGAGUUGCAGCGGGUCAAGCUGGCGGACCAGGAGCAGAAGGAACGUGACGAACUGGAGGCAGCACAGGAAGAGGAGAAUACAGUCUCUGUGGUCGCUAAUCCGGCCAUUUGUGCCACCAUCACCAAUGUGGGCGUACUCUGUGAUAGCGAGAAUAACAGCGCAUCCUGCAGUUCGCAUGAGGACUCCGAUGACUUUGUGCUGGUGCCCAAGAAUUUGCCCGAAGAUCAGCGUCAGGGACAUGCGCAGACUGCUAACAUACAAGCCCGCCAGCAGCAGCAGGCCGCGCCCCAACAGUCCAGUCCACCACGUCCCAGCAGCCUGCCCAUUUCAGAGCCCAAGCCUGUGCCCGCCCCGGCACGUCGCUUACCCGCCGUGGGCACUGGCGUUACCGUUGGCUCGCCCAGCAGACAAGGCGCACCUCUAACUGUUGCCAAGCUGGCAGCAGCCGGACAUCAAAUACCACGCUCACAGCCCAUUAGCGUGAAGCAACCACGUCCGGAUCAUCGCAAGAGCAGCGUGAGCAGCGACAUAAACUCAAUAUCGCCGCCGGCGGUGCAAUUUGCCAUAGGCACGCCCCCAACUCGAGUGCGUUCCGCCUCGGGUGGUUCGCUGUCGGAGACACCGCCACCACAUGCACCCAGCACCUGGCAGGUGUCGCCCGGACACUCGCAGUCGCCAUUGCGCAGUAGCGGUCAUAGCUCGCCAGUGUUGCCCUCAGCAGCACUGACCAAACUGCCAACGCUGGGCAGUCCCACACUGAUGGUGGCACCUGGCUCGCUUGGAUCCAUAGGGUCAGCGGGCAGCGGCUCGGAGAACAACAAUCAACAUCAUAUGCUAGGACCACGCGCCUUCACGCUGCCUGAGCUGGGCGCCACUGGGGGCCUGCAGAGUUUGCUGGACACUAACGCUGGCGGCCAUGAGCCGCAUUCAUUCCAGGCACCGCAGCUGUCCGAGGAGACACUGAUGGAUCGGGAGCACAACGAAACGCUGUCCAAACUCAAUUUUGUACUGGCACUCACCGAUUGCAUCCAAGAGGUGGCCGACUCCCGUUGUGCGCCACUCUCUUCGCUCAUGGUGGCCGGCAGCCAGCUGGCCAAUGAGCAGCAGAUACCACCACAUGCACCCGAGCACUGCAAGCGUGCCGAGCGUCUAGUGCUGCUAAUGCGCGCACUUCAGCUGCUGGCCUCCGGCCUCAACUUGGCCUCACAGCAGUUGCGCAAUGGACAGCUGAAGCCCUCAUCGAAUGUGAAGAAUGCGCUGCUGACCAUGAACUCCAAGUAUCGCAGCAUUCUGUUCGAGUCGAAGCGUCUCAAUGGCAGCGGCCUACUGCAAAAGGCAAAUGCAUUUAAUAUAACCGCAGACAAGAUACUUUAUGAGUACGCUUUGAGUAUGUGCCAGGCGGCAGCUUUAGAUGAGCUUCUGAAGAACACAAAGAACUGCUUUGAGCGCUAUAAUACCGCUCACAUACUGCUGCAUUCGUUGGUGCAAAAGUGCAAUCAUCCCCAGGACAAACAACAACUGAAUAAAUAUCGUGAUGCCGUCGAGAAACGUUUGAGCUUGUUGCAACAGCAUGGCUACAUCUACGUUACAGAUGAGAAUGCUUAGAGCUGCCAGCAGUCAUUUGUCGACGAUUCCUUAAGUUAUUUAAUAUAAAACACCCUUCCCUUCUCCUUCCCCAUUUAAUUUUGUUGAGCGUGCAACUUGUGAUUUAAAAAAGCAUAACUCAUAAAACGUUUAACAGGUGCAAGCUCUUAGUAAACCACUGAAUCACAUACACACACCUUAUCAUAUGAACAAUGAGCGGAAUUGUCCAAUGUAAAUAGUUUGUUUUGUUUUAUUUAACACAUUUUUUUACAACCAAGCUAAACUUGUUAAUGCUUAUAAGCGCGCCAGCUCGACGCCCAUAAUAGUCCUUAAGCUACACUUAUGUAAUACAAAUAUAUUAUAUAUAUACUUAGCUGUAUCUUUUCGAUCUAUUAUAUAACACCAAUACAAACAAAGAAACAAACACACACACACACACACAUAAUGUUUAUGGGCAAUAUUGCAAGCCAAACUGAGUUUAGUAAGCUUUAUUCAUAUGUAAUUAAGUUAUACCGCAUAUAUUUCCUAUGUAUGUUUAUUAGGUGCAGGAAACUUAUUUAAAAGUUUGUG